UAUACAAACAUCACAGAUCAUUUCUGCCCGCACUGCAUUGGUCGCCUACUUAAAGCCCUCAGAUUCUGCUAUUGAUUUAGCGGUCGAAGUUUUGGCGGAGAUCCAGAGAGUCCUUCCGUGAACAGAGUGGAUGAAGGAGGAACAGGGUGGUGUGUCUCAUCCUCACAGUCAUGUGUGUAUUUAAGCGGAGUUGAAUCGUGUUCUCAGGAUGGAAGUGAUGUGAGGCAGAGCUUGAGACCCGCGGAUCGACAGACUGAAGGAACACGUGCUCAGGUUCAUAGAAUAAAAUAAACCCAACUUCAGCAGUCCCCAUCAUGGAUUCCUCGCUGUUCGACAUCAACAAAACAUCAGCGUCGAGCAACCUGACUCCAGUUUGCUUCUCCAUCAACAGCACGCCUUUCAUACUCAACCACACCAUCACCCCGGCAUACUUCUCGGCGGUCUUCACCGCCGUCGGCUUGAGCUCCAACCUCUUCGCUUUGGUGGUUCUGGCCAAGACCUUCCACCGCACCAAGAGCCGCGUGCGCUCCUCCUUCCUACUCUUCCUCGGAGGGUUGGUGUUUACCGACUUCAUGGGACUGUUGGUCACCGGGUCCAUCGUGGUGUCCUUCCACAUUACGCACUUCAACUGGCGCCAACUGGACCCUCAUUGCCAUUUAUGCAACUUCAUGGGCAUGUCGAUGGUCUUCUACGGCCUUUGUCCGCUGCUUCUUGGAGCUACGAUGGCUGUGGAGCGAUUCGUAGGCAUCAACCGACCCUUCUCCCGCUCCACCUCCAUGUCCAACAGCAGAGCGUGUUCGACGGUGGCCAUGGUUUGGGUAACGGCUGGCUGCAUCAGUCUCCUGCCGUUGGCCGGAUUGGGAAGCUACCGUCUCCAGUUCCCCGGUUCCUGGUGCUUCCUCAGCAUCAGCUCCAAACCGCUGGAUAUGACCUUCGGUUUGAUCUUCUCACUUGUGGGUUUGCUGUCGCUGGCCAUGUCGUUCUUGCUCAACACGGUGAGCGUCAUCACCCUAAUGAGGGUGUGUUGCGGACAGGACAGUGCUCAACGGAGGCGAGACCAUGAAGUUGAGAUGAUGGUGCAGCUGAUCCUGAUCAUGACCAUCGCCUCUGUCUGCUGGUGCCCUCUACUGGUUUUUAUUGCACAGACCGUGCUGUCGGGCAGCGAGCUCAAUGUUCGCCAACUGCUUGUCUGGCUUCGGUUUGCGACAGGGAACCAGGUCCUGGAUCCCUGGGUCUACAUCCUAUUCCGACGUGCCAUACUGAAGCGCAUGUUUCCCAAGAUGGACUGGUCCCGCAGCUCCAUUGCCAGCCUCUAUCCAACCAUUUCGACAUCCUUCCGCAAGCUCACACGAGCCUCUCUCGGAGGAACGCUUGACCGCUUGGAUCACGUCCGGACGAAUCCAGACAAAGCCAGAGAAGAGGAAACAUCUCUAAAUGUGUCUGACAGCACUGCGCCAUUUGAUUCUAUUUAGCAGCCAAGACUAGCAUUUACUUUCUACUUCAUUAAUAAUUUGAUGUCUAAUAUGGCGCCCAAUGAAGGGCGUGACCAACCUUUUGAACACUUUUGUUGAUGCAUUACUUUUCGAAGAAUUGCUGAUGGCGGGCC